AUGAUUGACACGGAUUUAGAUGAAUUGCCUACACCUACCUCUACAACAAAUGUUAAAGGAAAAAUAUUUUAUAAUAAGAAAUGGGAAAUUGAUUUUCCGUGGCUUCAUUUUGAUGUUCAACGUAAUGGAGCUUUUUGCAAAUUGUGUGAAAGACAUGCUGUAAAUGAUUCCGUAUUAUUGACAAGCACAUCAGGAGGAGUUUUCAUUAAAUCACCAUUUAAUAAUUUAAAAAAAGCACUGGGAAAAGACGGUAAAUUAAAUAAACACAACAAUUCUGCAUCACACGUUCGCAUUAAAUACCUAGAGCAAGAAAGACUGACUUUGGUAUUCUCAAAAAAUCCUGUUUAUUGCCAAAUUUUAAAUCAAAUAGUUCCAAAGAAUGGAAAAUCCAUAGAUAAAAUUUCUCUCUCUUAUGUCGCUCAAUUUAUUUUUCGGUUAAAGAACAUAACCAAAUAUGAACCUUUAGUUAAGCGUUUAAUUAUGAAAAAUAGUGCAUCAUUUAAAAAUUGGACCGUCACAAAUAGUGAUGGAUCUACAUUUAUUAGCAAAUCUACAGCUAKUAAGCUUUUAUGUUGUGCAUCAGAAAUAUUAUUUGAACAAUAUCUUGGUAUUAGAGAUUUAUCUGAUACUAAAGCCGAUACAAUUGUAAAGGAAAUAAGUUCUGAAUUAUCAAAACACAAUCUAUCUUACCAAAAUAUUAUUGCAUGUGGCUUURGUAGGGCUACAAACAUGUCGGGAAAUAAAAGUUGUGUUCGYAGACUUAUUAGUGAAAAAGCUGGAAUGGAAGUUCCUUAUAUACAUUUUCGAGUACAUAUAUUAUCACUUACACUAACUAGUAUGCGUAAUAAAUUUCCAAAAAUUAAACACGUGUUUUAUGUCUUAAAAUAUAUUUAUAAAUUAUUUCACCAAUCACUCAAACGUGAGGAAAUACUUCACAGAGUGCAAGCUAUAAUUAGUGAUCCUGUUUUAAAAGUACCAGAGACUAUAGAAAUCCGUUGGUUAGACCACUACAAAAUCGUCCAUGCGAUCAAAAAGUCGUAUAUUGCUAUUGCUACAACUUGUGAACAUAUACAUCAAGAUGGAACCAAUUUAGCCUCAUUAUCAGGUGGGAUUUUUUUAAGUCUCCRCGAAGAAAGUUGUAUUAUAUCGUURAGUGAAUUAGACGACAUACUAAGUGCCGUUUCUAAUUUAAGUUAA